AUGAGUGAUUUUUAUUGGUUAACAAUCAUUGUUGUUUUGCCCAUAUCCGCGGGUUCCUUAAUUGCUCUUUUCCCUCAUAGAGGAAAUAAGGUAGUUCGAUGGUAUACUAUCUGUAUCUGCUUAUUUGAACUCCUUCUAACGACCUACGUAUUCUGUUAUCAUUUUAAAUUGGACGAUCCAUUAAUCCAAUUGGAAGAAGACUUUAACUGGAUAAAUAUUUUUGAUUUUCACUGGAGACUCGGAAUCGACGGACUUUCUAUAGGACCCAUUUUAUUGACAGGAUUUAUCACUACUUUAGCUACUUCAGCGGCUUGGCCAGUUACCCGAAAUUCGCGAUUGUUCCAUUUCCUGAUGUUAGCAAUGUACAGUGGUCAAAUAGGAUCAUUUUCUUCUCGAGACCUCUUACUUUUUUUCAUCAUGUGGGAAUUAGAAUUAAUUCCUGUUUACCUACUUUUAUCCAUGUGGGGAGGAAAGAAACGUCUGUACUCAGCUACAAAGUUCAUUUUGUACACUGCAGGAGGUUCCAUUUUUCUCUUAAUGGGAGUUCUAGGUAUGGGUUUAUAUGGUUCCAAUGAACCAACAUUAAAUUUUGAAACAUUAGCUAAUCAAUCGUAUCCCGUGGCAUUGGAAAUAAUAUUUUAUUUGGGUUUCCUUAUUGCUUAUGCUGUCAAAUCACCGAUCAUACCUUUACAUACAUGGUUGCCAGAUACCCAUGGAGAGGCGCAUUACAGUACAUGUAUGCUUCUAGCUGGAAUCUUAUUAAAAAUGGGAGCAUACGGGUUGGUUCGGGUCAAUAUGGAAUUAUUACCCCACGCCCAUUCCAUAUUUUCUCCUUGGUUGAUGAUAGUAGGGACUAUUCAAAUAAUCUAUGCAGCUUUAACUUCUCUUGGUCAACGCAAUUUAAAAAAGAGAAUAGCCUAUUCUUCCGUAUCUCAUAUGGGUUUCAUAAUAAUAGGAAUUAGUUCUAUAACCGAUGCGGGACUCAAUGGAGCUAUUUUACAAAUCAUCUCUCAUGGAUUUAUUGGUGCUGCACUUUUUUUCCUGGCAGGAACAAGUUAUGAUAGAAUACGUCUUCGUUAUCUUAACGAAAUGGGGGGAAUAGCUAUACUAAUGCCAAGAAUCUUUACGAUGUUCAGUAGCUUCUCAAUGGCUUCUCUCGCAUUACCAGGAAUGAGUGGUUUUGUUGCAGAAUUUGUGAUAUUUUUGGGAAUAAUUACUAGCCCAAAAUACCUUGUAAUGUCAAAAAUACUAAUUACUUUUGUAAUGGCAAUUGGAAUGAUAUUAACUCCUAUUUAUUCAUUAUCUAUGUCACGCCAGAUGUUCUAUGGAUACAGGUUAUUCAAUGUUCCCAAGUCUCACUUUGUGGAUUCUGGACCACGAGAAAUCUUUAUUUUGAUGUGUAUCCUUUUACCUAUAAUAGGUAUUGGUAUUUAUCCAGAUUUCGUUCUUUCACUAUCAGUUGACAAGGUAGAAACUAUUCUAUCUAAUUACUUUCAUGGGUAGCUUUCAUGGAUGGAUUUUUUUAUGGUUAUGGGCAGCACAGAAGAUCCAAUCCAAUAAUCCUGCACUGCUGUUUACAAACAAAUCAAUCGUUGGCUAGACCAAUCAAAAGGAAAAGAAGAUUUUUCCUUCUAUCAAGUCAAAAAUGCAAUUAAAUGAAGGAAAUUGUAAUCAGAAAUAUCUGUAGUUUUUAUUAUUUAACUACAGAUAUUUCUGAUUACAUAUAUAUC